AUGGAGGCCGCGGCGGCACCGAAGGCGUUGUCCCGGCUCGCUCGGAGCCUGGCUGCUGCAGAGCCUUAUUACAGCGGCGUGUUCGUCUUCUUCGCCGCGCUCGUCGCCGGAGCUCUCGUCUCUGCCUGCUGGAUGUCUGUCAGCGCUAGAUUACAGGUCACUCCGAUCACUCCUGUCGCCACUCAAUCCAUAGCACACAACGCCGCAACGGGGCCGAAGCCAGCGCCGGGUCCGCCACGGUUCACCGGCGUCGUCGGCGCGAGCACGAACCAAACGCCGUCCGCGGCGGCCAGUUCCGCGCCACCGCCUCGAGAGGUGCCAGUGCCAGCGACAGCGCCACCCGCCCCGGCUCCCGCGGAAGCAGCCGCGCCGCCGCCGGACUGCCCGUCCUACUUCCGGUGGAUCCAUGAGGACCUGCGGCCGUGGAGCGCCGCGGGAGUCACGCGCGACGCGGUGGAGGGCGCGCGCCGGUUAUUCGCGCCCAAGUUCCGGGUCACCGUGGUCGCGGGCCGCCUGUACGUGGCGCUCUACGGCCGGUGCUUCCAGACGCGGGCCGCGUUCACGCAGUGGGGCAUCCUGCAGCUGCUCCGCCGCUACCCCUGCCGCGUCCCGGACCUCGACCUCAUGUUCGACUGUGAGGACCUGCCCGUCGUCAGCGCUGGCGACCGCCACCAGCUAUCCCAGGCUCCGCCGUCGCCGCUGUUCCGGUACUGCGGCAGCGAGACGACGCUGGACAUCGCUUUCCCUGACUGGUCAUUCUGGGGUUGGGCGCCGUACGCGUACUGGAAAGGGAACCCCAAGGUGGGCGCCGAACGCCUGCUCCUCCUCAGGUGCAACGCGUCCGGCAAGCGUGACUGGAACGCGCAGGACUGGGGAAAGGAGGUGCGGCACGGAUUCAGGGGAUCGGACCUGUCCAAGCAGUGCACGCACAGGUACAAGAUCUAUAUUGAAGGAUCAGCAUGGUCCAUCAGUGAGAAAUAUAUACUAGCAUGUGAUUCAAUGACCCUGUUGGUUACACCAAGAUACUAUGAUUUCUUUUCAAGGUCACUUAUGCCGAUUCAGCAUUAUUGGCCUGUUCGGGAUGACAAUAAAUGUGCCUCCAUAAAAUAUGCUGUUGAUUGGGGCAACUCUCACAAGCAAUUGGCACAGCGCAUAGGAAAGCAAGCAAGUAAUUUCAUUCAAGAAGAGCUCAGUAUGGACCAUGUUUAUGACUACAUGCUUCAUCUUCUAACUGAAUAUGCCAAGCUCCUAAAGUUCAAGCCCACUAAGCCACCUGAAGCUGUUGAUGUCUGUUCAGAGUCUUUGGUCUGCCAAGCUGAAGGCCUCGAGAAGAAGUUUCUUAUGAAAUCCAUGGUGAUGUUUGCUCGUGAUGCAGGCCCAUGUGAUCUGCCUCCUCCCUUCGACCCUCAUGAGCUCAAGUUGCUAAAGCAGAGGAAAGAAAAUUCAAUAAAGCAGAUUCAAAUGUGGGAGCAAAGAGAUUUAGGGUCUUAG